CUAUUACAGAGAGGAUUCUCUUCAUUUCCUUUUUAGCCCAAAAGCUCAACACUGUAGUCUACACACCAUACAACGGCCUCCCUAAUAUAGCUAAUCAGAAAAUAGAAUCUGAAUUUUCCGUUUUGUUCCCUCACUUUCUGUCUACCCAAACACCCUUCCUUAAUUUCCUAUUCAUCAUAUUCCCCGUGAUUCCGAAUUGAACUCUGUCCUAGUGUGGUUUCGAAAGGUGAUGGCGGAGGAAGAGGGAUCCGACAUCAAUGGAGGUCAGGCCUCGAUGGACCCGACAGAAUCACGGUGGGUGUUCCAAGACGAGGACGACUCGGAGAUCGAGGAUGAAGACGAAGAUGACUUCCUCUCGCAUCGCUCUACGGCGGUUGACGAGUUGGAUUCGGAGGACGACGAGGAUAAUGCCGCGCAGAGACUGAUUCGCACCGGGCCACGCCUCGACUCCUUCGACGUCGAGGCCCUCGAGGUCCCCGGCGCGCACAGAAGUGACUACGAGGACUUCAGCUUGGGAAAGAAGAUUAUACUUGCUUUCCAGACCCUUGGGGUCGUUUUUGGUGAUGUUGGAACAAGUCCUUUAUAUACAUUCAGUGUGAUGUUUAGCAAAGCACCUAUUAAUGGAAAUGAAGAUGUUAUUGGAGCAUUAUCACUAGUCCUGUACACCUUAAUCUUGAUCCCACUUUUCAAGUAUGUCCUGGUUGUUCUUUGGGCCAAUGAUGAUGGUGAAGGUGGUACUUUUGCAUUGUACUCAUUGAUAUGUCGGCAUGCUAAGGUCAGUCUUCUUCCAAAUCAGCUUCCAUCAGAUGCUCGUAUAUCAAGCUUCAGGUUAAAGGUGCCAUCUGCUGAGCUUGAGAGAUCACUAAAACUCAAGGAAAGGCUUGAGAAUUCACUGGUUCUGAAAAAGCUUCUUUUGAUGUUGGUGCUUGCUGGUACUUCUAUGGUGAUAGCAGAUGCAGUUGUUACGCCAGCAAUGUCAGUAACGUCAGCUGUUAGUGGUAUAAAAGUUGGAGUAGAUGCAAUUGAGCAAGACGAAGUGGUGAUGAUUUCAGUUGCCUUUCUUGUGAUUUUGUUCAGCAUACAGAAGUUUGGGACAAGUAAAGUGGGACUCGUUAUUGGCCCUGCUUUAUUCAUUUGGUUUUGUUCUCUAGCCGGCAUUGGGAUCUACAACCUUGUUAAAUAUGACAGCAGCGUCUUGAAGGCAUUUAAUCCUGUUCACAUAUAUUACUUCUUUAAGAGGAACUCAAUUAAGGCUUGGUAUUCUCUUGGGGGUUGUCUCCUGUGUGCAACAGGUUCCGAAGCAAUGUUUGCAGACCUUUGCUACUUUUCUGUGCGAUCAGUUCAGCUCACCUUUGUAUUUCUCGUUUUGCCUUGUCUUCUGUUGGGUUACUUGGGUCAAGCUGCAUACCUUAUGGACAACCAUGCCGAUGCUGAUCAAGCUUUCUUUUCUUCGAUUCCAAGUGGUGCUUUCUGGCCGGUCUUGUUCAUUGCUAACAUUGCUGCAUUAAUUGCCAGUCGGGCAAUGACAACGGCUACUUUUUCAUGUAUAAAGCAAUCGACAGCACUCGGUUGUUUCCCUCGUCUUAAAAUUGUUCAUACAUCUCGGAAGUUCAUGGGCCAGAUUUAUAUCCCUGUCAUAAACUGGUUUUUGCUGGCAGUUUGCCUGGUACUCGUCUGCUCUAUCUCAAGCAUUGAUGAGAUUGGAAAUGCUUAUGGCAUUGCUGAGUUAGGAAUAAUGAUGAUGACAACGAUUUUAGUAACCCUUGUUAUGCUGCUUAUAUGGCAGAUAAACAUUGUAAUUGUGCUGAGCUUCCUAGUGUUUUUCUUGGGGUUAGAAUUGACUUUCUUCUCAUCAGUUUUAUGGAGUGUAACAGAUGGAAGUUGGAUAAUAUUAGUUUUUUCCAUAAUCAUGUUUUUGAUAAUGUAUAUCUGGAAUUAUGGAAGCAAGCUUAAGUAUGAAACUGAGGUAAAGCAAAAGCUAUCAAUGGAUUUGAUGAGGGAAUUGGGUUGCAAUCUUGGGACAAUCAGAGCUCCCGGCAUUGGUUUACUCUAUAAUGAGCUGGUGAGGGGAAUACCUGCAAUUUUUGGCCAUUUUCUGACAACUCUCCCAGCAAUCCACUCCAUGAUAAUAUUUGUCUGUAUAAAGUACGUUCCAGUUCCAGUAGUGCCUCAGAGUGAAAGGUUCCUUUUCCGGCGUGUCUGCCCAAAGAGCUACCAUAUAUUUCGUUGCAUUGCCAGGUAUGGCUAUAAAGAUGUUCGCAAAGAAAAUCACCAGACUUUUGAGCAGCUGCUGAUUGAGAGCCUUGAGAAGUUCAUUCGGCGUGAAGCUCAGGAGCGGUCAUUGGAGAGUGAUGGGGAUGAUGACACAGGCUCUGAGGACGAGUCAUCUGGCUCAAGGGUUCUUAUAGCUCCCAACGGGAGUGUCUAUUCACUGGGUGUUCCUCUUCUAGCUGACUUCAAGGACACAAGCAAGCCCAUCUUGGAAGCAAGCACAUCAGAGGAGGUGAGACCAGUAACACCACCGGCUGAGCCAGCAAUGCCUGAUACAGAGCAAAGCCUUGAAAGAGAACUUUCUUUUAUACAUAAGGCUAAAGAAUCUGGGGUAGUUUAUCUUCUUGGUCAUGGAGAUAUUAGAGCGAGGAAAGAUUCCUGGUUUAUUAAGAAGCUAGUCAUAAAUUACUUUUAUGCUUUCUUAAGAAAGAACUGCAGAAGGGGGACUGCGAAUUUGAGCGUGCCCCACUCACAACUAAUGCAGGUUGGUAUGACAUACAUGGUUUGACGAUGGAUGUUGUUACUCGAGUAACAAUUUUCAAAUUGAUUCGACACCCAGGGUUGGCACAGGCGAUUGGGGUUCCAAAAAAGGGUUGUCUGACUUUCUUUGCCUUUUAUUCAACUCAUAUUCUUUGAGAGUGUACACAAUUUUUGCACUGUUCUCAUGAUUAGCCCGGCCUUUUGGAUCUCUACCUAUGGUAGAAACUUUUUGUUAUCUACUCCAUCGGGAAAGUCUCUACACUAUUUCUUGGGUUGCCUUGUGAAUUAACCAUCUCAAAGAUAUAUGAAUGUCAUGAUUCAUCACGACAUAAUUCAAUUUCAAA